UUUACCUUAUUUGAUUGCAUUGCAUUCUGCAAGCUGUAUCCCAAAAACGUACAAAACGAACUUACUGUUUUAGAAAUACAAAUAAAUUUAUUAGAAUUUACAAUAAUGUCGGAGUCUCAAGCGAAGUCAGAUCCCCCAAUAAAACGCUACAGACGCGAAGAGAAGUCUUCGGAAUCCGAAGAAGAUGUCGACAACUAUGAACCCUAUAUUCCCAUUAGGGAGCGAAAAAAACAGAAGCUCAUGAAGCUAGGUAGACUUGGACAGCUUACUGCUGAGGCCUCGGCUGAAACGAAGAGCUCUAGUGAAAAUGAUCCGGAUGAUGAGACAUCCCAAGAGGAAUGGGGCCGCCUCAACAACGUAUCUCUACUGGAACAACACAGCUCCCUGAAGCGACUAGCUGAAGCGAGGGCGCUCUCCGCAGCGGAGAGACAAGCCCGGGAAGAACAGCAUAUAUUGGAGAGUGUGGCACAGAGCAAGGCGUUGAUGGGUGUCGCUGAGUUGGCUAAAGGCAUCCAGUACGAAGAGCCAAUAAAAACCUCCUGGCGUCCCCCGCAGUGCAUCCUCGCAUUGCCGGAGUCCCGUCACGAGCUGGUCCGCCGGCAGCUGCGGGUGCUGGUGGAGGGGGAAGACGUGCCCCCACCCCUCAACACAUUUCAACACAUGAAGUUUCCAAAAGGCAUAAUCCGGGGACUAGAAGCUAAGGGCAUUAAAAAGCCCACUCCAAUCCAAGUUCAGGGUAUACCGGCCGUUCUGAGCGGGCGGGACAUGAUCGGCAUCGCGUUCACCGGCUCCGGGAAGACACUGGUGUUCACGCUGCCGCUCCUCAUGUUCUGCUUGGAGCAGGAGAUCAAGAUGCCUUUCAUCAGGAACGAAGGACCGUACGGCCUCAUCAUCUGUCCAUCGCGAGAGCUCGCCAAACAGACACACGAUAUUAUCCAGCAUUUCAUAAAACACCUUAAGAUGACUGGCUGUCCAGAGAUUAGGAGCUGUCUGGCUAUUGGAGGAGUGGCGGUAUCGGAAUGUAUGGAGGUGGUCCAAAGAGGCGUUCACGUAAUGGUGGCCACGCCUGGACGUCUGAUGGACAUGUUGGACAAGAAAAUGGUGCGUCUGAACGUCUGCCGCUACCUGUGCAUGGACGAAGCUGAUCGCAUGAUUGACAUGGGUUUCGAAGAGGACGUCCGCACUAUAUUCUCUUACUUCGCCGGGCAAAGGCAGACUCUGCUGUUCAGCGCGACCAUGCCGAGGAAGAUACAGAACUUUGCUAGGUCGGCCCUAGUGAAGCCCGUGACGGUGAACGUGGGCCGCGCGGGCGCCGCGUCGCUGAACGUGCGCCAGGAGCUGGAGCCGGUGAAGGCGGAGGCGCGCACGGUGCACCUGCUGCAGUGCCUGCAGAAGACGCCGCCGCCCGUGCUCGUGUUCGCCGAGCGCAAGCAGGACGUCGACGCCAUACACGAGUACCUGCUGCUCAAAGGUGUAGAAGCAGUAGCCAUUCACGGCGGUAAGGACCAGGAGGAGAGGUCUCGCGCUGUGGAGGCGUUCAGGCGGGGGGAGAAAGACGUACUGGUGGCCACAGAUGUCGCCAGCAAAGGGUUGGACUUCGCGAACAUACAGCACGUGAUAAAUUACGACAUGCCAGAAGAUAUUGAGAACUACGUCCACAGGAUCGGGCGUACCGGCCGAGCGGGGGGCGAGGGCGUAGCUACCACCUUGCUGGGGAGGGCGGCCGAUGAUUCAGUGCUGAGGGAUCUGGCGCACCUACUCAGGGAGGCUGGCCAGAAGGUGCCAUCGUUCUUACUGGAGAUGAUCGGCGAGCCGGACGUGCCGGCGCCGGACGGGCAGGGCUGCUCCUACUGCGGCGGGCUCGGACACCGGAUAACCGAAUGCCCCAAGUUGGAAGCGGUACAAAACAAACAAGCGUCGAAUAUCGGCAGGCGAGACUAUUUGGCUAACACCGCGGCGGAUUAUUGAAAUAAUAACCUUUGUUUAUUUAGGUUAUGUUUUAUUGAAUCUGAUAGAGUACCGUAGGAAGUGGUCUGGGUUUCCAGAAUUCAAAUUCAUUAUAAUAGGAUACCUCAUAUCGCUUAAUAAUUGUCAAAACGUAUGGUUUAACAACAUUGGUUGAUGUUAAAUGAAUUACUUAACUAAGUUCACUGCCGCUUCCAAGGCGUCAGUGCAGAAGAAGCGGUAACAAACUGCACUGCAGCAUUUUCUUCUGAAUGAUUUGGAAUAACCUCUUCGCGUCUGUGUUUCUCGAUACCCACAUUUUAGGGAUUUUCAAUGCAAUAGUGAAUAGGCGUUAUUUGAACGCCCGUCUUAUAUCAGGCAAAUUGAAAUCAAACGCCAUUUUUUUAAAUAGAUUUGUAACGUGGAGAUAGUUAUUUGUAUAUACAAGACUGAUGUGAUAAUAAUUGUGUAAAUAAAUUAUUAUUUAACCUAAUUCCUUGACGAGUUUUAUUUUAAUAGAUUUUAAUGUACAUU